CUGAGUAAGCGAGCAGAGCUGUGUAGGAUUUAUCAUUGAUUAUUGCAUAUUUGAUGAAUGUCAGUUUUCUUGUGCAUGCUGCUGGUUCUUACUCACAGAUAUGUUCUACGCAUGUUUUGAUAAAUGUAACAGAUCAUAACAAUAAAGUUCUGUAAUUUCAUCUGCAUUAUUCUGAGUUUGUGACAACCCUCAAUCAGCUGGAUAUAGGCGCACUAAUGAUGCUGUCUUCAGUUAAAAAAACAACAUCAAGACAUCAGAUAACUGGGAGAGAUAAGUGUGAAAACGAGAGAAAGAGGAAAUGUAAGUGGUUUGAAGCACUCUGUGCUGAGCAGUGACGAAAGCAGAAAUAGGAAGCGAUAGAUACAGAACGUGAAACAUUUUCACGGAGUUACAAACCCAGAGUUCAGCAUGUGGGCGCUUGUACUUCUCGUGUCCAGUUUAUUUCCAGCUGGAAUCAGUGCUGUAACUACUGUAACUGGACACAGAGGACAGUCAGUUCAGAUUAAAUGCCCCUAUAAUUCUGGAUAUGAGACCAACAUGAAGUAUCUCUGCAGAGGAGAAUGUUCUACUCUGCCUUGGGGAACUAAAGACAUCCCUGUUCAGUCUGGAUCUGCUGAAGAUCAGAGAUUCUCUCUGGAUGAUGACACAGCAGCCAGAGUCUUCACCAUCAACAUCACUAAUGUGACAACAGAGGAUGAAGGAACAUACUGGUGUGGGAUAAAGAGGACUAAACCAC